GCGCGCGCGAACUUGCAAGUCCGGGGCCAUUGUCGUCCGAUCCCGAACAUUUCGCGGAGCGCGCGCUCUCCAUCUUCAACUCACUCCUCUCCAGCCAUUGUCUGCACCACAACACCAUGUCCUUCACGUCAAAAUCAAGAAGGCCGCCGUCGGCGCUCAUGUCGACGGUGCGCAGGCACCCCUUCAUGUUCUUCGGACUCCCCUUCCUGUCCAUCGUCGUCGUGUCGAGCUUUGCCCUCAAGACGUUCACCCAGACACGGUACGACCUCAACGACCAGAAGGUGCAGGCUGUUUCCAAGGAGGACGAGCUAGGCAUGAGCAAGGAGCGCAAGAAGGUGGACAUUCGGGAAGAGUACUACCGCCUGAACGCACCCGCAUCCAGCCUCUCGUCCAACGACGAAGCGCUCGCCGCUGUCACCUCUGCGCCUGCACCGCCCAAGAAGAAGUUCUCCCUCGCGCCGACGUCAAACGACGACUACGAGCCCAUCCGUGUGCCUCGGCCGGCUGGCGUGUCCGAGUGGGGAGGCGUGCGCGGUGCCAGUCCAGACGCACCCAUCAAGGGGCAGAGGAAGGAGGACCGGUGGGUGUGAGAGCAAGGAUGGAGGGGAGGGUAUGCCGGGAGAGGCGACGAGAGAAGGAGAGGAGCGAGGAUCCACGCAGCACAAUACAGAACACUACAACCAGCAUAUGCAUCUGCUC